GAACAAAAAAAGAAUGAAAACAAGAUGUCUGAAACUGAUAGUCAGUGGAAAAUUGGAAAUUGUGUGAAAAUUUGAAAAACAUAUAAAAAAAAAAAAGAAAAUGAAAGAAAUUUCAGAUAAGUGACAAAUAAUAAUUAAUUGUAUAUAUAAAUAAUUAUAUUCAACAACAAUUAUGAAAAUAACGAUUAACAUGCAAAAAGAGUUUUGGCGGAAUGGUCCUCUCUUUUAAUAAAUAUAUUCCCAGUUUACCGGGUAAAAAAUAUCCAUACGAUUGUAUUUGUGAACCCGAGCAUGUUUGUACAGAUGAUGAGAUUUUUUUAAAAAAUAAUGAACACAGUGCUUCCGAAAUUCCUUCAACAACAACAACAACAACACCAUUACCACCAGUCACAGUUCCUCUCUGUGUCCUUGGAGAUGUACAAUUACGUUUUCUCUGUCCAGAUGAUCUCGAGGAAGUACGCACACUUUGUCAGGAAUGGUUUCCAAUAGAUUAUCCGUACACAUGGUAUAAGGAUAUAACGAGCUCAUCAAGAUUCUAUGCACUCGCUGCUGUUUACAGAGGCGUUAUAAUUGGUUUAAUAGUCGCUGAAAUAAAGCCCUAUAUUAAACUAAAUAAAGAAGAUCGUGGUAUACUUUGUUCUAGUUUAGGAAAAGAUUCUCUAGUUGGAUAUAUAUUGAGUUUAGGUGUAAGAAGAGCCUAUCGACGUAAUGGAAUUGCUUCCCUUCUUUUAGAACAAUUAUUAGCACAUGUAACAGCACCUGAACGUUCAUCAGUAAAGGCUGUAUUUCUUCAUGUUCUUUCCAGUAAUUCACCGGCAAUUCAAUUUUAUCAACGAUGUCAUUUUCGACUUCAUAGCUUUCUUCCAUAUUAUUAUUUAAUACAUGGAAUUUGUCGCGAUGGAUUUAUGUAUGUAUUAUACGUAAAUGGUGGACAUGCACCAUGGGGUUUAUGGGAUUGGAUGUGUCAUGUGGCAGGAACAAUGGCAAGUUUAGGUGCAUGUCGUGUACCACGAUGGAUAUGGCAACGUCUUCUUUGGGCUUCAACGCUUCUUUCCUAUCAUAGAUGAGAUAAUAUUAUUAUAAUCGAUAAUAGAAUUCUUUUUUUUUCCCUCGCGUUCAAUUACCAAAGUAUUUGUUCUUUAUUGAACUUGACAGCAAAAAAAAAAAAAAAAAAAAAACUCUUUUUUGCAUUUAAAUUAUUUGUAUAAUUUUUUUGCGUGAUCUGAAUAAUGAUAUUAUAAAUAUCAAAAAAAAAAAAAAUGCGUCUCUAACAAAAAAUGAUACACAAACUAAAAUUUAAUGUGUCUAAAGCACGAUUCAAUUUUUUUUUUCUUAUAACCAUUUUAAUUACCAAGAGAGAUAAAAGUCAUAUAUAUAUAUAUAAAUAUAAAUAUAUUUACGCGCACAUACAGGGUUAUCUUAAAUUAUUAUCUUUGAAUCUUAUAGAUGCGUUAUAGAAAAUUAAGAGUUUAACAAUUUUUAAAAUAUACGAGAAAAAUAUAUAAUUAAGAUUGUAAAUUAAUAGAAAUAAUAAUAGGGCUUUUAAUAUAAUUUCCAUGGAUACUAAUACAAAAAAAAUAUGUACAAAUACAGUAUUAAAAUUUAAUAUAUAAAAAAUAUAAUAUAUAUAUAUUACUAAUCGAUUAGUUAAAAAAGUUAUUUAUUGAAGAAAAUGUAAUUUAAAUUUAAAAAAAAAAAAAAUGAAGUACAUCUUCAUUAUAACAAGCAGUUAUAUUAGGAUUUAAUUAUGAAAUGGCUAUGCGGAAAAAUACAUUGUGUAUUUUGCAUUGAAAGUAGUAAAAAAAUAUUAAUUGUUAAUAAUUAAUAAUAAGAAAGCAUUUAAUAAUAGAUUUUAGUAAAGAAAUCCGAUUUUUGAUAGGAAAAUUAUAAAAGUUAAAAAAAAAAUAAUAAUUAAAUUUACAAAAAAAAAAUUUUUUUAAUUAAUUUUAUUUUAAUGACAAUAUAGAAAAAAAUUUAAGAUCACCCUGUAAUUGAAUUUGUUUACAAUAAAUUGAAAUGUUGAUACAUUAUAUAGCAAACUUUAUCUUUGAAUUCUUAUAUAUUCUUUAUCGACAAGUUAUAAGUACUUUAUAUAUAUACAUCAUGUAACUUCUGUUUUUUAACUUAAAAAAAAUGGCUUUUUUUACUUU